AUGGCGUUUAUUAAAGAGGAGAGUGAAGAUGUGAAGAUUGAAGAAACAUUCACAGUCAAACAGGAAGAUCCACAGGAACAAACAGAUCUGAUGAAAGAACAGACUCAUCAACAGAAUGAAUUAGAUGAGAAACAGCAGUUUGAGAAACCCCAAGAAAUAAUGACUGAUGAAAAACCCACACUGACUAAAAAGACUUCCUUAAAUGGAAGACCUCGGAAAUCCAAAUUGGGGUGUAAUUUCAGCUGUAAACAGUGUAGAAAGAGUUUCAGUCAAAAGCCAAAGCUUGAUGUUCACAUGAGAGUUCACACUAGGGAGCAACCUUACACCUGCGAACAGUGUGGAAAGAGUUUUGGUCAAAUACAAGGCUUUAAAGCCCACAUGAGAAUUCACACUGGAGAGAAGCCUUUCAGCUGUAAACAGUGUGGAAAGAGUUUCAGUCAAAAGUCAAACCUUGAUGUUCACAUGAGAGUUCACACAGGGGAGAAACCUUACACCUGCGAACAGUGUGGAAAGAGUUUUAGUCAAAAACAAAACUUUAAAAUCCACAUGAGAAUUCACACUGGAGAGAGGUCUUGCACAUGCCAACAGUGUGGAAAAAGCUUCCGUCAUGCAAGAAACUUGGCAGUGCACAUGAGAACUCAUACUGGAGAGAAGCCUUUCAGCUGUAAACAGUGUAGAAAGAGUUUCAGUAAAAAGCCGAACCUGAUUGCUCACAUAAGAGUUCACACUAGAGAGAAACCUUACACCUGCGAACAGUGUGGAAAGAGUUUUGGUCAAAAACAAGACCUUUACAUCCACAUGAGGAUUCACACUGGAGAGAAACCUUACACAUGCACAGAGUGUGGUAAAAGUUUUCCACAUAAAAGCACACUCAAUCACCAUAUGAGAACUCACACUGGAGAGAAGCCGUUUGCAUGUGCUCAGUGUGGAAAGAGCUUCACAACCAAAACUACGCUGGUAGCACACAUGAGAAUUCACACCGGGGAGAAGCCUUUCAGCUGUAAGCAGUGUGGAAAGAGUUUCAGCCAAAAGCCAAACCUUGAUAUUCACAUGAGAAUUCACACUGGGGAGAAACCUUUCAGCUGUAAACAGUGUGGAAAGAGUUUCAGUCAAAAGUCACACCUUGAUAUUCACAUGAGAGUUCACACAGGGGAGAAACCUUACACCUGUGAACAGUGUGGACAGAGUUUUAGUCAAAAACAAAGCUUUAAAUCCCACAUGAGAAUUCACACUGGAGAGAGGCCGUACACAUGUCAACAGUGUGGAAAAAACUUUCGUCAUGCAAGAAACUUGGCAGCGCACAUGAGAAUUCACACUGGAGAAAAGCCUUUCAGCUGUAAACAGUGUGGAAAGAGUUUCAGUAAAAAGGCAAACCUGAUUGCUCACAUGAGAGUUCACACUAGGGAGAAACCUUACACCUGCGAACAGUGUGGAAAGAGUUUUGGUCAAAAACAAGACCUUUACAUCCACAUGAGGAUUCACACUGGAGAGAAACCUUACACAUGCACAGAGUGUGGUAAAAGUUUCCCACAUAUAACCACACUCAAACACCACAUGAGAACUCACACUGGAGAGAAGCCGUUUGCAUGUGCUCAGUGUGGAAAGAGCUUCACAACCAAAACUAGCCUCAAGAACCACAUGAGGAUCCACACUGGAGAAAAACCAUUCACAUGCACUCAGUGUGGGAAGAGUUUCAGUUACUCAUCACACCUUAAUGAACACAUGAUGAUCCACACUGGAAAGAAACCAUUCACAUGCACUCAGUGUGGGAAGAGUUUGACAACCAAACGCAAACUUAAAAUUCACACGAUGAACCACACUGGAGAGAAACCAUUCACAUGCACUCAGUGUGGGAAGAGUUUCAGCCGCUCAUCAUCCCUUAAUAAUCACAUGAAGAUCCACACUGGAGAGAAACCAUUUGCAUGCACUCAGUGUGGGAAGAGUUUCAGCCACUCAUCACACCUUAAUAAACACAUGAGGAUUCACACUGGAGAGAAACCAUUCACAUGCACUUUGUGUGGGAAGAGUUUCAGCCAAUCAUCACACCUUAAUGAACACAUGAGGAUCCACACGGGAGUGAGACCAUUCACAUGCACUCAGUGUGGGAAGAGUUUCAGCCAAUCAUCAUACAUUACUAAACACAUGAGGAUCCACACGGGAGUGAGACCAUUCACAUGCACUCUGUGUGGGAAGAGUUUCAGCCAGUCAUCUACCCUUAAUCUACACAUGAAGAUCCACACUGGAGAGAAACCAUUCACUUGCACUCAGUGUGGCAAGAGUUUCAGCCAAUUAUCACACCUUAAUCAACACAUGAUGAUCCACACUGGAGAGAGACCAUACACUUGCACUCAGUGUGGGACGAGUUUCAGCACAUCAUCAAACCUUAAUAAACACAUGAAGAUCCACACUGAUGUGAGAGAGUAGAUGUGCUUGGAGUGUGAGAAGACUUUUAUUACAGCUGCAGAAUUAAAACGGCACCAGAGGAUUCACACUAGAGCAAAACCAUAUCAAAACCAGUGUUCACACUGCAGUAAGAGGUUUGCUCACUCACGAACCCUGAAAACACAUGAGAGGAUUCACACUGGAGAGAAACCGUAGACAUGAUCAGUGUGUACAGAGUUUCACUCUUUUGGGGCAGCUUAAGAAACACAUGGGAUGGUUUCCAGUAUGGCGUCAACACAUGUAGCAGCAUAGAAAGAGCGUUUCCUUACACACUGGUAUUGAUCCUCCUUUUUACAACAUAUAUGAUAACCUAAACCAUAUUUAAAUAACACAAAGCAAGACAAAAACAAAAAGGCUUGGACAAAACAACCAUUGAAACCUGAAAAAAAGGAGAAAUAAAGAGAUGAAAAAUCCGAGAGGGACGGGGUAGCUGAUAGCCUGUCAGCUUGCAUUGCAGCAAUACAUCCAGACAUCAAAGUUUUCCAAAUGGAUAUUCAAUCUGACCUCACCGCCUUCCAAGAUUAUCUUGCAAAGAUGUGAAAAUGGAACUAAGUAACUUUAAACAAGAAGUCAAUCAAAAACUGGAUGGCCUUUUCACAGACCUAAACGCAAUAGCAGAUAAGGUCAACAAAGUGGAGCAGCGAGUUGGAGAAUUGGAGAACGUUGCUGCGAUGAAAGAAAUGCUCGAUCAAACCAUCCAAAUUCAAGAAAAUUUAAAAGAGAAACUGUGAGUUCCCCUUCAUAGGGAAACUUUUACGAGUGUCUGUAUAAACAGACUUUGGGAGUGCUUUAGACGACCAAUCAUUUCUAAAGAUAUUAAAACGGCCCAAUGAAAUGCCAAUUGAAUUGGCAGAGCUUAGCUCCACAGCUGAAAAUGAUGAGCCAAUUAGGGCUAUAUCAGUCAGCUGUGCGAGUUAGCUCAUCCGAAUUGUUCCUUCAGACCCGAUCUGAGACUGAAGAACCCUUCUGCUGAGCUGACUUCCAACUUGAAGAAAGCCUUACCUUCACCAGUGUGGGAGAAGACGUGUUAGCGGUGGUCAAGCUGGGUUUCCCGUCCCCUUGGCGUUUCUCUGGUGAUCUGAAAGAGCAGUUUACUGAAAGAGCAUUAUUCCCUAUGAGAGCACACAAACGUACAGUACGUCUUUUUAAAGAUGUCGUUUCGACCAUGCGUUUCUGGAUGCGGUGGUUUCCUCGCCCCGGAUGACAGGCACGAGUAUUGCGUCACAUGCUUGGGGGUCCAACAUGUUGAUGCAGUGCUCGCGGACAGUUCUUGCUCGCAUUGCGACGGCUUGACUGUUGUGCUUUUUAUUAGGGAAAGUCACCCCUGCUGCUCCCCGCCUAGCCGUUAGCACUUGGGCAGGCCUGAGGGUUACAGUGGGGGCUAAUCCGUUGCCUUCGGGCCCGCGGACCCCUCGCUCCUCUCCAGUGCGCUCUGUUUCUGAUUCGAGUGUGAGCGCUGGUCCAUCCUCCGAGCUGGGCGUGCUUUCAUUAGAUGUCACCGGGGGCGUGACGUCCAUCACUGCAUCGGAGGGUGGGUUGACAUGCUCCGAGGAAGAUCCGGACCCCCUGCCACCCUUCAGGGUUGUCAGUAUGUUUACUGAUCUGGAAUUGGACAUGUUAGCCGUGUUAUCCCGGGCUGCUUCGGCCAUGUGGCUGGAGAUGGUUUGUCCACCCAGAACCGCGGCCAGACUGCUUAGUCGGGUGCUACGUGGGGGUGAAGAAAAAGACGAAGCCUUCUAGACCCCUCGUCCCCUUCUUCUCGGAGGUACACAGAGAACUCACGCAGGCAUGGAGGGCACCUUUUUCUGCCCUGUCCUCGUGCGCUCCUGCUCUCACCUUCGAUGGAGGUCUACGAUGGAGCGGCCAGGGAAUAUGAGGCGAUUCCCCGAGGGGAGCGUGCUAGCCUUUCCACUCGUGUAGAUUCGCUCAAACUCCUUUCCAAGGCAUGCAGGUUAUCUGAGUCUCUCAUGGCCAGAGCCUACACUGCUACGGGUCAGGGCGCCUCCGCUCUGCACACUAUGGCCACCUAUCAACGCUACCAAGCUGAGAAACUGGCCGAGGUGCAGGAGGGCGCUUCUCCCCCAGGGCUUGCUGCAUGAGCUCUGCGUGGCAACCGAUUAUCCUCUCAUCAUCAACAAAUCGUCUGCUCGUGCCCUGGGGAAGACGAUGGCCACAUUAAUGGUCCAGAAACGGCUGAGCUUGGCUAAUAUGAGUUACGUUAAUAAAGUGAGCUUUGUCAACACUCCCAUAUACCAGGCUGGCCUUUUCGGCGACACUGUUGGGGAGUUCACCCAGGAAUUCUCCGCGCCACUCGGAAAAGAGGGGAACUGCUUUCCUCAGUGGGAGGCCGAGGAUUAUUACAUCAGUCCACAACGACUCUAAACUCAUCGCUGCUGGCCUCCGGGCCAGCAGCAACCAAAUUUACAAAAGAGCAGUUUUCUCUCUCUCUCCGGAUGCGCAAAUCUGAGCACUGCCAGUCUGGGACGCUCUGCCUUUCAGCUCGCAGCGCCGGGACCCUUCGCCUCAGGUUCUCAGAGUGCAGCAGACUCCUUUCUCUCACUCCGGUCUCACCACGGGAUCCAGGGAGGAAGGCAAGAGAAAUUCUCUUAUUUUCAGCUUUCUCGGGACGCACUGCUUCUUGGGAUGAGCACUCUCAUCUCGCGAGAUGUCUUGCGAGAGGAAAUUCCUGUCCUCCUGGCGAAGCAUGCAAUCGAGCAGGUCCCUCCAGCCGAGAUGAGGUCCUAGAUCUGCACAGACUGAACUGUCAUUUACACAAAAUGCCUUUCAGAAUACUCAAGGAGAAACACUUGAUUCAGAGCGUCCGUCCACAGGAUUGGUUUGUAGCCAUAGACCUGAAGGACACAUAUUUUCUCGUCUCCAUUCUUCCACGCCACUGCCCCUUUCUCCGGAUCAUGUUCAAAGGACGAGCGUAGCAAUACAAAGUCCUCCCCUUCGGGCUCUCUGUCUUCGCAGGUGUUCACCAAGCUCGCAGAGGGUGCCCUGGCGCCACUGCACCUUGCGAGCAUCCGCAUACUCCGCUAUCGUGACGAUUUACUCUUUCUAGCCUUGUCCCGCGAUCUGCUGAUUAUGUACAGAGACAAAGUGCUUCGGCACCUCGACCAGUUGGGGUUUCAGGUCAACCGAAAGAAGAGCAAACUUUGCUCUGUGCAGAGGAUCUCUCAUCUCGGGCUGGAGCUGGAUUCGGUCGCUAUGGUUGCGCGCCUCUCCGAGGAGCGCGCCAGGGUGAUGCUUUCCUUAGUAAACAAGCUCCACGCCAAUUUUUACCGUUGCUGGAGCGGCAACACGUGCUGGUCAGGAUGGACAGCAUGGCGACGGGGGCUUAUAUCAACUGUAUGGGGGUUAUACGCUCCCGCGGCAUGUCUCAGCUCGCUCGCCGUCUGCUCCUUUGGAGUCACACGCGGCUGAAAUCAUUGCGUGCCAUCCAAAUUCUGGGCGAGCUCAACUGUGCAGCCGAUGCGCUCUCACGGCAGCUAGUGUCCCGGGGAGAGUGGAGACUCCCCCACGAUUCGGUCCAGCUGAUAUAGGCAUGCUUUGGGGAAGCCCAGAUCAAUCUGUUUGCCUCCACCAAGAAUGCACAAAGCCAGCCAUUUUAUUCCCUGACCGAGGCCCCCCUUGGCACGGAUGCAUUGGCUUACAGCUAGCCAUCGGGCAUUCGCUAAUAUGCCUUUUCCCCAGUGAGCCUAAUCGCACAAACUUUGUGCAAAGUCAGGGAGGAUGAAAACCAGGUCUUGAUUGUUGCGCCCCUUCGGACCUGAGGUCCGGCCCAACCUGACCUGAGUUUCGGAGCUUACACUCCUCGCGGCGACCCCUCCUUGGCGCAUUCCCCUAAGGGAGGACCUCCUCUCUCAGGGACGGGGCAACAUCUGGCUUCCAUGCCCAGAUCUCUGGAACCUCCACGUGUGGUCCAUAGACAGGGCGAGAAAGACUUAGGUGACUUACUUACAAACGCAAAAGGGGACGUUGGAAGGUUGCGCUCUUGGUGAUGUCAGUGUGCUCACGCUUUGGCUUGGCAAACUACACAUCAAAAGCGUGAUAGACUAAUUGGCUCAUCAGUUUCAACUGUGGAGCUAAGCACCGCCAAUUCAAUUAGCAGUUCAUUGGCCCGUUUUAAUAUCUUCAGAAAUGAUUGGUCGUCUAAAGCACUCCCAAAGUUUAUACAGACACACGUCUCCGUUCCCUAUUUAGGAAACGUGGGUUACGUACGUAACCAGGACGAUCUAGAAACCCACUCCCAUAGAAAUAAUAUUCAGAUUUUUGGAAUCCCAGAAGGAAGCAAAGUGAAUAAUAGCCAAGACUUGGUGGAAACGAUUAUCAAAACGGAGCUGUCACUCGAUGAAUUGGACCUUAAAAUUAUACGGUGUCACCGGGCACUUGGACCAAAAUCACCCGCUGACGCACCCCACUUGAUCAGUGGUGUAUUCUUCCUGGAAAAAAAAACAAAGGACCUUGUCCUCCACUUUGCAUGGAGAAAAAAAGUAAUACACUGGAACAAAAAAAGGAUUUUCUUUGACCAAGACUACCCACCUGAGAUCCAACAGAAAAGACGGCUUUUGCUCCGAUAAGAAAAAUUCUGAAAAAAAAGGGGAUUAAGUUCCAAACACCACCGACGGCGAAACUUAGAAUCUUUCUCGAAAACGAUCCGGUCAUGUACAAUUCGAUGACGGAGGCAUCAAGAGAUCUGAAAGAAAAAGGACUGAUAAACAGUGAAGAAGAAACUAUUAUAGGAAUCUCUUGGAAACUGAAACAAAGACCUUGACAAAGUUUGGAGUGACAUUGAAGAAAAGUAAGGAAAAACAUCAAGUGAAGAUCUGUGAAAAACUACUUGAAUUUUAAAGGGACAACACUAGCUCUGUUUAAAAGAAGGGUAAAACCUGACAGAUCCUGACAAAGAACUCUGAGAGACUGGUAAAACUUCUUGACUUGACUCACCGAUGAUGAACAUUUAAAGGAGGAAUGGUAUUAAACCCAACUGACCAACAACACAAGAUAAACGAUUAAAGCACACCAAGACUCGAGUCAUUGAGUAACAUACUGGUAGGAAGAAAUAAAGGGAUUCCAGUUUAUACACUUAAAAUCCCUUGCUAUAAUUAGAAAUACUUAACUUGAAAACCAAACCAGAAAUACAAGAAUAUAAUAUUGCCAGAUAUAGGCGCUGAAUAUAUUUGUUAACAUUUUUUUUGUGCAAUAGGCACAGCAACAAGGGGCCCUUUAGAGAAGGAAAGCUUUCCCCUCUCAUUAAGAAGUUAUUUAAGACUUUAAGGUUUGGAAACCUUUUUCGUUAUGUUGUUUAUGUGGUUCAAGAUGUUCAUGUUUGUGUUUUUCAUGUUACGGUCACUGUGAUCUUCGCAAUAACAUCUGUUUAUAGUAUAUGCAAAAACAGGAAUAUAGAGUCAUUACUUUAAAUAUUAAUGGGUUAGUAAAUUUGAUUAAAAGAAAUCGUGGCUAAAAUGAAAAGAGAAAAGCAACAGAUAAUCUGGCAAGAGACGCAUCUUUCUGAUACAGAACAUAAGAAUUUAGAAAAAAAGGGAUUUAAGGUUUUCUUUUCCUCAUAUAAUAAUGGUCGUAAACGAGGAGUAAUGACAUUAAUCUCAAACAAAAUCAGCUUACAAUUAAUUUCCAAGAUUACUAAUAAAGAAGGACGAUAUAACCUCAUUAAAGGAACUAUCAACCAAAACAAAGUUACAUUAGCUAAUUUAAAUAGACCACCUGAAAAAGACAAAGCAUUUCUCAAAAAAAUAGUAAGUGUUAUAGCCAAGGAGACAUCAGUUACGUUGAUCUGUAGGGGAGAGUGGAAUGUACAACUUCAGCCUAAAUUGUACUUAUCUUCUAAUAAGCAAAUUAGUCAAGAAACUAGACAAAUAAGAUAUCAGAUGAAAGAAUUAGGCUUAAUUGAUGUAUGGAGAGACAUAUACCCUUUUAAAAAAGAACAUACUUUCUUUUCUUCUGCCCACAUGUCUCAUUCUAGAAUUGAUUAUUUUUUUAUGUUUGGGUCAGAUCAACAUAAAAUAAAAGACUGUACAAUAGGAAGGGACAAGGGACAUCUCAGACCAUGCAGGAGUAUAUUUAACAGUGUACCUGGACAAUAAACCCAAAAAGACAUUUUGGCGAUUUAACCCUAAUCAUUUGAAUGAUUUAACGUGCGUAGAACAUGUCAAAAAAAGAAUUAUUAGAAUAUUUUAAAACAAUAAUAAUGGAGAGUUGUCAUCUAGUGUCCUAUGGGACUGUCAUGACGGUCAGUGACCACCGGAGUUCACAGACUCUGAGAAUUGACUACAGCGCCCAAAAGACUACAAGUUCAUACAUACCACGCGCAUUACACCUGGUCCACGUACACUGAUUGACUCACAGCUGUUCCUGUUAAUUUCCUGGACUAUUUAUACAACCAUUUCACCUCUGUUUGUCACAGCAUCGUUUUUCUUUCUUGUCAUCAGUUUCUAGUAAGUCUUAAAUAUCGAGUUUGUUGUUACCUUAGUCUUGUUCCUGAUCCUGUUUCUGUCAUAGUUUCUUGUUUUGCUGUUUAUUUGUUACUUUGUUAUUUUUGAACACCGGACAUCUUGUUUUUCUGUUUGCUGCACGAUUGUAAAUAAACCUGCACUUUGAUUCAC